AUGAGUAAAAAAGCAGAAAAAAGCAGUUCCGUGCGAGAGAGACCUGCACGUCAAAGUUCUCCUGAGAGAGCCAGUGAGAUGGAGGAGAAGAUAAUGAAACGGGUAGAGCGGCAGUUAAAAGGGUUGACAUUUCAAAACCCAGGGCCUCAGGUCGCCAACUUUAAUCCUAAAAUAAGGCAGCAGCAGAAGAAAGAGCAAAUGUCAAAGAAGAAUGAAUCUUCUUCUCCAAAGCGCGAAGCCAAGAAGUAUGACAGAAAGGGCAGGCUCCUCGUCAAUCAGGCUGACCUGUGUGAUUGCCUCGAUGAAGAUUGCCUGGGUUGCUUCUACCCGUGCCCCAAGUGUAACUCCACCAAGUGCGGGCCCACGUGCCGCUGCAGCCGCCGCUGGGCCUAUACCAGCAUGCUCGAUGAGAAUGGGGAGGUCAUCAGCAGGAUGCCAUUCGACGUCUCCGACUAG